CUCGUCUUAACCAGGACAUUCAUUAAAAAUCAUAUCUAAUAUCUAUAAUAUCCUUGUUCACACAUACAUAUAAAGGGUGCUCGAUAAAAAAAACAUGCCGAUCAAGAACGUCUUUCGUUCGGGAAUGAAAAAACUGAAACGCACCAAAAUGACUACUCCUGCGGCCAAAAAAAGUAAAGAAGAUGCGAACAAGGAAGUCUACAGUAUAGAUGCUUCAAAGGAAGCAAAAUCCAUCUUAGAGAAGAUUUUGGGGGAUGUUAGCAAGUCAUCUGCUACUAAACAGAUCAUCAUCGGUAGCACAUCUGGCUGGGUAACUGGAUUUAUAACGAUGAAGGUGGGAAAGGUAGCAGCCUGUGCAGUCGGUGGUGGAAUUAUUAUGCUGCAAAUUGCUGCGCAUCAGGGUUACAUUAAGGUUAAUUGGGAUAAAAUUACAAGAAAGGCUGAAAAAAUAACGGAUAAAGUGGAAGAAAAGAUAACUGGCGAGGGACCAAAAUUCAUGGAUAAGGUCGAGAGAUACGUCGACAAAAAGCUGGACAAGGCCGAGCAGCUGUUGAAGAAGGGAGAGACCCGCACGCGACGCUGGUACCACGCUCUAAUCGGCGAAGACGACGUCUUCCAACCAAAGGAGAUCCACUUCUUUCUAAUUUCCUUCGUGGCGGGGGUCGCGCUUGGUAUCGGAACUGCUAACUAGGUAGUAAAUUGCUGCACUCUGAAUGUAACCAAGAGGAAGAUUGAUCUUUAUGUUGCGCAAAAGGACAGUCGCCACGCCGUCGACGACGACGACGUCGUCGACAAGUACAAUAGCACAAUCAUGAGCGAGGUAAAGAAUAAAAUUAAUGAGCUGAAGAAGUGGGUGGCUCGAACUACGCUUAAUAAUCCUAGAUAGGUAGAUUUUAAUUUUUUUAGUUUCUUAUGUAACGCUAACGAUAGGUAAAACUCACUCGUGUAGAAUCGCUUUGCAAAAGUUUAAUAGAAAAUACAAUCUCUUCAUUGGUGAACAAAAUUGAAGUGAAUUUUACUUAUCGCUACCAAUAAUUUCUCUUUAAGAGUGGACACAUCAAACGAAUGGAAGUCACUAAUUUUUUUUUCGCGUCUUAGAUUGUGAGAAGAACUAAUUUAUUUAGAAUAAUACGAUGUUGAUGUUAUUGAAAUUUGAUAGACACCGCGAAUUAUUCGUAUAUUUUAUUUCACGAGUUUGUAAAAAAAUUGGAAUAUUUUUUACGAAACGCGAAAUUUUACUGUUGCCAUUUGCACACAAGACAUGCGAAUACAAAAGUAUAGAUUGUGUGCACGUAAAUAAAGAAUAAAGAGAUUUCUUGUUCGUUCAGAAUGCAGCAAGAAAUUAGUCAUCUUAGGAGAUAUAAACCUAUUGCUAGUAUAAUAUUAAUAUACUACUUGUCAUAAUAUUGUGAAGAGGCUCGCGAGUUACUCUUUUCCUGUUAUUUGUACACUUAAUUCGUUAAUUAAUCUAUAUUUCCAUCGCAUGAUUUAUACAUAUAUAUACAUUAUAUAUACCUUUUCUUAUACAAAAAUCUUAGUACUUAUGUACCAUCUCAAAUAAAAAUUAUUUAAUGAU